AAAGCCCUAGACCUUCAGGAAUUCAAGCACGCCAUGGAAUCAAUCGCGCUAGCAUAACCAUGACUACGUUUCUCAAAGACUCUGAAUCCCUAGAGACUUCGACCUCUACAAUCGCAGCCAUCUCCUAUACACGAUUACAUAUAACUCCUUUAGACGAGUCGCUGCUGGGCGCUGUCGUCCCCUCUUCUGUCCUACCUCGCGCGCGCAACAUCUCGUACCACGUCCUCGAGACUUUCCCUGAGAACCGUUACGGCUUCGUUGAUCUACCCACUAUGGAAGCCGAGAAGAUCAAAAAAAAACUCAACGGAGCCACACUGAGGGGAUCCAAGAUGCGCGUCGAGAAGGCCAACCCGGAGUCCAUCCCCAAACCUACAGGCGAGACCAACGGGACCGGAGCUAAGAGGGAGAAGAUUAAAUCAAAGAAGAGGAAGCACGAGGUUGAUAUCACACUCGGCGUUGAGCUGGAAAACCGCAAGGUCAAGCGAGGGUGGACAACAUCGGAACGCGAAAUGAUUGAUGGAAAGCGAAAGAAGUCCAAAGGGGACAAGAAAUCAAAGGACGAGAAGGAGGGAAAGAAGAAGAAGAAGAGGGAGGUGAAGUCGAAAUAUACGGAUGGACCGGAAUGUCUAUUCAAGACUAAGCUCCCGGGUGUCAGCUCAUCAUCAAAUUCCAGCGAAGAGAUUGCAGGUCAAAAGAAGAAGAAGCGGAAGAUUGAUCGUGAAUUGGUUAUACACGAGUUUGAGAAAACCAUGAAGCAUCCUUCCUUUUUAAAAAGCAAUAUAGAAAAGUCUACACCUGAGGCGGUGACUUUUCAGGAUGGUGUUGGUUGGGUAGAUGGUAACGGGAACGUCGUGGAGUCUGUCUUGAGCAAGAAACCGAACGGCAAUGCUUCAAAUCCCACUAUAGCGAAGACCGAUUUGCAUAAGACCCACCCAUUACCUGAAGAGGAUGACGGCACAAGCAGCAGCGGUUCUUCAUCCGAUGAAUCCGAUGACAUAGAAGUCAGUGCCCAAGAGGUAGAAAGCUCAGAUGAGAAAGAAGCGGAGACUAAGGCCCCCCCCAAGCCUCUCAAAGUAGAAACCUACAGCUUAAGUAGUCCCGUCUCUGUUCUUAAGACAGAAUUCGCGAGACCGAAAUCAUCAAGUUCAGUCACAAGCCUCACCAUCAAGAUACCACCUGUAACGCCUGCUGCAGCAAAAGUGCACCCUCUCGAAGCCUUAUACAAGCGGCCUAAAGGAGAUACAGCUAUCUCUGGAGAAGUUGCUCGGGAAGCACAACCUUUUAGUUUCUUUGAUGGAAACGACAACGACGACGAUGAUGAUGAUGAUGAUGGUGAUGAUAUCAAGCAUAAGAAGACCAUGGGGCCUCCAAGCCAGCCCCCUAUGACACCCUUCACAAAGCAAGACUUCGAGUUUAGGAAUGUACGAAGUGCAGCCCCUACCCCAGAUACAGCACAUCCCAGCAGUCGGACAUUCAAUCUUUGGCCAAGGCAUGGGUCUGCAGAUGAUGGAGCAGAGGAUGAUGAGGACGGAGAUGAUAGCUACGGAAACCAGGGGAACAAAGUUACUGUCACGGCUGGUGUCAAUGACCAAGCUAUGACGGUCAACGGUGACAAUCAAGUCCCAACCAGUGAUUUCCAGAGACAGUUCUGGGAGAGCCGGGGAGAUCUCAACCGUUCAUGGAGGAAAAGAAGAAAGACGGCAUCAAAGGAGAAGCGAUAUAGGGAGAACCGUGCUCGUGCAGAGAGAGCAAUCUAAGCUAGAAGGAUCCUAACAUG